GCUCCGCCACUAGCCGGUUACAAGUGUAAGCACCACGGCGAGACGAAAAGUAGCUCCCCUCGCCACGCUCCUGUACUGCACCGCCCCACACCGUGUCCAGUCCAUUCAAUUCCCAUAUAAAAGAUCGAGACAGGCGAGCGCAGAUCGAGCAGAUCGAUCGAUGGCCGACCACCACCACCACUAUACCCAGCUCGGCGGCGGCAGCGGCAGUGGCGGCGGCGGUGGCAGCCCUCCGGAGCUGCUGCACGGCGGCGGCGGGUCCGGGGACCAGGGGAUCAAGGAGCAGGACCGGCUGCUGCCCAUCGCCAACGUGGGGCGGAUCAUGAAGCAGGUGCUGCCCCCCAACGCCAAGGUCUCCAAGGAGGCCAAGGAGACGAUGCAGGAGUGCGUGUCCGAGUUCAUCAGCUUCGUCACCGGGGAGGCCUCCGACAAGUGCCACAAGGAGAAGCGCAAGACCGUCAACGGCGACGACGUCUGCUGGGCCUUCUCGGCGCUCGGCUUCGACGACUACGUCGACCCCAUGCGCAGGUACCUCCUCAAGUUCCGCGAGCUCGAGGGCGACCGCGCCGCGGCCGCCGCCUCCUCCCGCGGGGGCCUCCCCGUCCCCGACGCCUCCACCUCCGGCGCCGGCGCCAGCGGCUCCGGUAAUUUCAUGUUCGAAGCCAUGGACAGGAGGGAUAACACCGGCCCCGGCGCCGGCAGGCAGUUUUGAACUAGCAGCUAAUACCUACUCCAUCAGAUCAGGCACGCGUCCAUCUUCUUGCUUGAUCCAUGCCGCAAGGGCUGGCUAGCUAGCUA